CCGGGCUGCCACUUCCCUUUGCACACGACCCCCCCCUCCCCGCACCUGUCCCCUCUCCUACCCAUCCACAUUCCCCAGCCCUGUCGACUGAAGGGGCAGCCACAAGACCCAGCCAGAGGGACAGGAUGGAGGGACCCAGGCUGACGCUGGGGCUGCUGGCUAUACUGGUUGUUUGUGGUAGCUGGGGCCUGAACGAGGAGGAACGGCUAAUUCGGCACCUAUUUGAAGAGAAAGGCUACAACAAGGAGCUCCGGCCGGCACACCAGGGGGAGAGUGUAGAGGUCUCGCUGGCCCUCACACUCUCCAACCUCAUCUCCCUGAAAGAAGUGGAGGAGACCCUCACCACUAACGUGUGGAUUGAGCACGGCUGGACAGACAGCCGGCUGCAGUGGAAUGCUGAAGAAUUUGGGAAUAUCAGUGUCCUGCGCCUGCCCCCUGACAUGCUGUGGCUCCCAGAGAUUGUGCUGGAGAACAACAACGACGGCUCCUUCCAGAUUUCCUACUCCUGCAAUGUGCUCAUCUACCCCUCGGGCUAUGUGUACUGGCUGCCACCCGCCAUCUUCCGCUCUUCCUGCCCCAUCUCCGUCACCUACUUCCCCUUUGACUGGCAGAACUGCUCCCUCAAGUUCAGUUCCCUCAAGUACACAGCCAAGGAGAUCACCCUGAGUCUGAAGCAAGAGGAAGAAGAGGGCCGCUUCUACCCUGUGGAGUGGAUCAUCAUUGACCCCGAGGGCUUCACAGAGAAUGGGGAGUGGGAGAUAGUGCACCGGCCAGCCAGGAUCAACAUGGACCUCAGUGUCCCACUGGACAGUCCAGGCCGUCAGGACGUCUCCUUCUACCUCAUCAUCCGCCGCAAGCCCCUCUUCUACGUCAUCAACAUCCUGGUGCCCUGCGUGCUCAUCUCCUUCAUGAUCAACCUGGUCUUCUACCUGCCGGCGGACAGUGGCGAGAAGACGUCGAUGGCCAUCUCAGUGCUCCUGGCUCAGUCUGUCUUCCUGCUGCUCAUCUCCAAGAGGCUGCCAGCCACGUCCAUCGCCAUCCCCCUCAUUGGCAAAUUCCUGCUCUUCGGCAUGGUGUUGGUGACCAUGGUCGUCGUGAUCUGCGUCAUCGUGCUCAACAUCCACUUCCGCACCCCCAGCACGCACGUGCUGUCUGAGGGGGUCAAGAAGCUCUUCCUGGAGACCCUGCCGGAACUGCUACACAUGUCCCGCCCGGCGGACAAUGGACCUGGUCCGGGGGCUCUGGUCCGGAGGACCAGCUCCCUGGGCUACAUUUCCAAGGCUGAGGAGUACUUCCUGCUCAAGUCCCGAAGUGACCUCAUGUUUGAGAAGCAGUCCGAGCGCCACGGCCUGGCCCGGCGCCUCACCACCGCACGCCGGCUCCCUGCAGGCUCUGAGCAGGCCCAGCAGGAGCUCUUGAGUGAGCUGAAGCCAGCCGUGGAUGGGGCCAACUUCAUCGUCAGCCACAUGAAGGACCAGAACAGUUACAAUGAGGAGAAGGACUGCUGGAACCGAGUGGCCCGCACAGUGGACCGACUCUGCCUGUUUGUGGUGACGCCUAUCAUGGUGGUGGGCACGACCUGGAUCUUCCUGCAAGGCGCCUACAACCAACCUCCACCUCAGCCCUUCCCUGGGGACCCCUUCUCCUACAAUGAGCAGGACAAGCGCUUCAUCUAGAACAGGCCUGCCCUCCCCUGUUGGCCCAGCUUCCAGGCAGCGUCUGGUGGGCGGGGGCAGGGGCGGAGGGAGGGUGCUAGUCGUGUGGACAGGGAUGUCUGACAGAGGACAAGCCCUUCUUGGGGAGGCCAACUUCUGACCCUGGGGCUCGAGUGCAGCUGGUGCUGCAAGGCUGGGGCAGGAAGAGCCGGGCUUUCCUGAGAUUAGGGAAGGAAGGGGGAAGCCCCGCUCUUCAACCAUGGGUCCUCUACAGCUAAACACCAGGGAGCCGCUGAGGAGAACUGAGAGCGGAUAUCAUCUGGGGGUCAGAGCAGGACAAUGUGUGGGGGGAAGGGGGGCUGACUCAGGCUGGGACCCUUCUGUGAGGAAUGAGAAAGGCAGAGGCCUCUUCUUCCUCCCCUUCCCUAGAUGGGGGUAGAGCAGGUAGGAUCCUGUGCUCUCACUUCCCUGUUCCUCCAGCCACCCUCCUUUCCACAACCCCUCAGCCUUGGGCUUCUGAGGCCCCAGUGGGGGUGUUAUGUGGGGACACCUCCCUCUCCAGACCUCUUAAGGAAAGAGGAUUUCAGCAGGGGUGGGAGCCCCAGGAUUGCAAAAUGGCCUUCCCCAGACCUUUCUUUCUGCCUUGGUGACUUUGUCUGGGUCCCCUAGGGAAGCCAAGGACUGGGGUGGAAGGGCCAAGCUCAACAUUCAAAAAGACCAAAGGUCAGCUUAUCAACCUCAGGUCACAUGCAUGAUCGUAGAGCCCUAGAGCUCAGCCCUCCCCCAAGAAGUGUCUCCUCUUGGGCAACUUUUCUCCCCAAAGUAGGGUUUCCAUACAAUAUUUGAGACAUAUUUUUACUAAAAAACUAUUGUUUAUCCGAAAUUCAAACUUAACUGGGCAUCUUGUUUUGUUUUGUUUUGAGGGGUGACAGAGAAAGAAAAGAAAAAAAGAAAGCAUAGAGCCCAACA